AUGUGCAAUGGAAAAGUUGAACAGAUAACAACUUUUUUCAGCAUUUUGAAUUUAUUUAUUCUCUCUGGCCUCGGUCUUUGUACGCUCACCAGCCCUGACAACGACAACGACACUCGUCGGACAUCAGUAAAAAAAAUUCCCAUUAAGCUUAGUCGUUGUUUUUUUGGUAGGGAAGAUAACAAAGCGAAAGGAUGUCGUUUCGAAAUAAUAAUGACGAUGUCCAAAAAUGCAAACUUUGAGUGUUUUUCCUUUUCAUGGUUUACCAGAAAUAUUUGCAUUCGUUUAAUAGCGUGA